AUGGUGAUUGCCGGUGCGUCUGAGCCGUCGCCAGAGCGCGUUGCCGCCUGGUCGGCUGUGGCCGCCAGGUCGGCUGUGGCCGCCAAGCCUCCGUCGGGGCCCGAAAGGGCGACCAUGGCGACGAAGCCCCCUGUACCGCCGGCUCAGAAACCCGUGACAGAAGUCUCUGAAAAGACUCUUCCCCACGCACCCGCGGAUCCCCUUGCCGUGCCAGAUGCGGGCCCGUCUGCCCCUGUUGCUGUUCCGUCUGCUCUGGCUGCUGGUCCUGGUCCCCUGGCUCCUCUUGCCGAGCCGCCGGCGUCUGCUCCUGCUGUGGGUGUUACUGACCCCCCUGUUCCUGUCCCUGGCGCCCCCUUUGCACCGCCCGCUUCUAUCCCCGAUGUGCCUGCUCCGGCUUCUGCUUCGUCACCGAAGGCGGCAUCUGCCACCACUGGCGGCUCGGCUCCGUCGGUUGCGCCCUCAGCGGCGGGUCAAUCCGUGCCUGCUGUGACGCCGAUGGCCCAGGCAGGAGCACAAGUCGUCUCGUCGCAGCAGCAGCAGUCUCACUGGCCUGCUCACCCCGGUGGUCAGGGGGACUGGAGGGGUCCCCGCGGGCACGGUGGUGGUGGGGGGUACCGCCCGCCCGUGACGAUGGCAGAUCUUCAGCGGGAAGUGUCGAGGGCGGUGCGCGAGGAGAGGGCGGUGCAGAGCCAGAGCAGUUCGCUGCGCCCCUCGCCGGCCCUUGAGGCUCCCCGCCAGCCUGUGCUCCCCGUGAGUCCACCGCCCCUCGCUGCACCCCCACCUCAGGUUCACCGCCCAACGGCUCCUGCUCCCGCUGCCUCGGCACCCGCUCCUGGAUCGCGCCUCCAUUUGCCGCCGGUUCCGCCUGUUGCUGGGGUGGAAUUUGUGUCCGCAGGUGGUGGCGCGGCGGCGACUCAGUAUUCUCAUCACGCUGCUGCUAAUGAGCCGCUCAUGUUCCUGGCGGAGGCCCUUCAGCCUCCGCAGACGCGUGUUCCCGAGGCGACGCUCGGCCAGCUCCACCGCCUUGCGGAGAUUCUCCACGCGUUGCUAUUGAUACAGGUUGUUGCUCACUCGUCUCUCCCCGUGAUCCCACCUGAGACGUUCCGUGACCGCCCGUGUGAGACGUGCUUGGACGCGGCGGACCAGCUCGCCGUGCUACUGGCGCCCGUGCUGGCUGAGCCCGCGGAGGGUUGCGCUGCUGCUGCGGGACAGCUUGACGAGGCUUACUGCUCUGCUCUCGUGCUACCCUCCUCGACUGCUCUGUGCGUUUGCCUCACUUCUCACCCCUCCACUCCCAGCGCGUCUCCCUCCUCUCCACCUCAGUUGCUCUCAGCCGACCACUCACCCCUUUGUGCCACUCCUUCCCUCCCCUUAUUCUCCCUUGUUGUCUUUACCCCACUUUCUCCUUCCCUUUGCCUUUGUUCUCUCCCUCCUCGGACCCUCCUAAACUCCUCCCGUUCCUAA